GUCAAAUUUUCGACAGCCUUCAAAAUACAUUUUUUAGGUUAUGUUUACAUUCUAUUUACAAUAUUCGCCCUGAAAAUGCAUAAAGAUGAUAUGCCGGCGGAACUGGAGUCCCAGUUUAUUCUCCGCCUGCCUCUAGACCCCGCAAAAGCUUUAAGGGAAGCCAUAAGAAAUAACAGCACUCUGAAGGACCGCAUAACGAUAAAAAUCGAGAAUGAUAUGCGGCAUGGUGAUGUUCGCGUUGAUAAUUGGAUUAUGGCAGCCAAAGUGGUUGAUUUACCAUCAAUCGUGGAAUCACUAAAAACAAUCGAUGCAAAAGGAUUUUACAAGACUGCAGAUGUUUGCCAGAUGCUUUUGUGUAAGGACGAGGACGACCAAACAACUGAUGAAGAUUCUCCCCAGAAAGUUAAGAAAAAGGACCCUAAUAAGGUCGAGAAAAAGUAUUUAUGGCCGCAUGGUAUUACUCCACCAGUGAAAAAUGUUAGGAAACGGAGAUUUAGGAAGACUUUGAAGAAAAAGUAUGUUGAAGCGCCAGAAAUCGAGAAGGAAGUCAAGAGGUUGCUCAGAAUUGAUAACGAUGCUGCAAGUGUGAAAUGGGAGGUUAUAAAUGAAGAUGACGAUAACAAAGUGAAUAAGGGCACGGUUAUUAAAAAAGAACCUAUUGAACCCCAAAAUCAAAAUGUGGCUGAGCAUGAUAUAUUUGGAGGGGAUGUUAGUGACUCUGAGGAAGAAGAUACACAUUUAAAUGUCAUGGAACUUGAUGAAAACAGUCAAAAUACUGCUGAUGAUAGCCACCUCAGUGACUCAAAUUCUGUUAUGAAUACAAGUGCUGAUGCCAGAUUGACUGAGUUCACCAAUGAAAUGUUUGAAAUACCGAAUAUGAUGCAAGAUAUGGAAUAUUAUCAACAACCCUCAACUAGUUUGGCAUAUACGUCAAAUAUUAGUAAAGGAAAUAUUGAAUCUAGAAUAGAAGAGAUACAGUUGGAACUUGCGGAUUUAAAAAAUCAAAGGCAACAGCAGGAAAACAAAAUUGAAAGCAUUGAAAAUAUUGCUUUAAGGCAGAGAUUCCAGGAAAAUUUGGAAAGGCUAUUGCAGGAGCAAUUGGAAAAGGAACAGGAAAAAGAAGAUUUACUGGAGUUACUCAAGCAAUAUGAUUAACAUUUUAGAUUUAGAUACUUUAGGUUUCUCUUAAUAUAUGUAUAUACAGGGAUGUAAUAAAAGAAAUGUUAUAUAUGCAUUCCUUUAAUUCUAACACAAACUACAUAUAUGCAGUAACAUAUACAAUGAAUGAGUGAGUAUUAAAACAUUUAUAUGCUUAUG